AAAAGAAAUGGUGUUGCGUAACUCGACUUUUGAAAUAUUCCAGAGUCAUUUGGUCAAGAGAAUAAUUCAUGGAAAGUAAUUUUGUUUAACAUUGUGCUAACUAAAAGUGGACGCAGAGAAAUUGAUGCUAAUGAAUUUAUAUUAAUACAAAAUACCAAAGUUCAAAAUGAAACGAAUUGUAACACCAGAUAAAAAUCAUGACAGAUGCAACCGUUCAUCAGGGAGCUUACGAAGUCAGUGUCAAUGGGUUCACAUUAUUUUAAUUACUUUGUCGGCUCUCGUGCAUAUCAUAUCAUCUAACGAUGAAAUCGUCAGUCAUAUUAGAAAAUGUUGCAUAAGUGGUAUUCAAUAUGCUGUUAAACAAACUAACUGCGAGAAAUACGAUUACCAAGUGACUACAAUACCACCAUUGUGGCGUGGACUCUGCCAUUCAACUUACGGUGUUUGUUGCUCCCGAAAGUUGGAAGAACAAUACUGUGUCGCGGGACGCUUAGCUGCUUUGCGAGGUUCACCCUGCGAUGAGCAGUAUAAUACCACCGCAUUCACAGAUUGCUGCCGUGGCUGCCAGGUCGGAUUAGCUGUCAAGGCCAGUAAUAAUGAUUGUAAAAAUGCCUUCUUCUCAUAUUUCCAUAAAAUGGAAACAUAUCAUAUUUGCUGUGACGGAAGAAGAGACAACUACGAUUUUUUCGGCGGCAUAAUAGUUGAUAACAACGAUGCUGACCAUGUGGGCAAAGAGAGGAAAGCCAAUAACUAUUUGAAUGCAUCGGAAGAAGAAUUGGAGCCAAAUAUGAGUGACGAAUUAAUUGACAAUGCCAGUGAUGGAACAAUCGUACUUCCGGUAGAUGACGAUGAUAUAUGCGGUAAAGUGCCAAACCUAUGUGCGCAUAUUUGCGAAAAUACUAAAGAGGCGUAUCGUUGCAAAUGUAAUCCCGGACAUAAGCUAGAUGACAAUAAUGUGACUUGUUCCCGCAUCAAUAAUGGGCAUAACGUUGUCAAAGAAUUAGAAGAAAAUAAGGAAGGUGAUGGCAAUGAACAUAACGAAAGCGAUGUUAAUUUCAUGUCGGGAAGAGAAUUGAAAGGAGGUGGAAUUGAAGACAAUAAGCUAAUUUUUAUACCGAACUCUAUAAACAAAGGUGAAUCGAUGAGUUGCAGCAGUGGUUAUAAAUUUGACUUCGUAAACAAGAAAUGCACUGAUAUUGAUGAGUGCGCUAACAAAUCAGACGAUUGUAAAAGUAUUGACUACUGUCAUAAUACGGUCGGUAGCUAUCAUUGCUUAAGUGUGAAUUCGAAGAAGUGUGACCCGAACAAGGAGAAAUGCGAAAAUGAGUGCAGCGCCGGUUUUCAUUACCAUCAUGAUGUGUGCGUUGACAUCGAUGAGUGUGCGGUUGAUGAAUAUGCGUGUGACAGCAGCCAGGUGUGCAAUAAUGAAAUUGGCGGAUAUCGUUGUGAUUGCAAGAUAGGCUUUAAUCUGGAUAUUACAACAAACGCAUGUUUGGACAUAAAUGAGUGCUCUAUUAACAACCAUAACUGCCUUCCAACGCAACGUUGCGACAACACACAUGGAUCUUACGUCUGCGUCCGACUUCAAAGUUGUGGUACUGGCUACACACUGAAUGCCGAAACAGGAAAUUGCGAUGACGACGAUGAGUGCGCCCUAGAUACACAUAAUUGUCCGCCAGAUUACGAGUGUCACAACACGAAAGGUUCAUUUCGUUGUUACCGUCGUAUGCCAUCGACCAUGCGGACUACAACAACGAAGUCGUCAACAAUUACUGCAACAACUCCAGCCAGCGUUUCCUCCCCCUACUACUAUCGAAAUCGAACGACUUACAAUUAUCCAAACAAUUACGCUUCACAUCAGACUCUCAGCCACAAUAGAGACCCUGUUAACAAUCCGUUACCCUCAUGUGACAUAGGUUUUCAUCGUAACCAAUUGGGCGCUUGCGUAGAUCUCAAUGAAUGUAUUUUAACGAAUCCGUGCAGAUCGCAUCAACGUUGUGUUAAUACAAAUGGUUCAUAUCGCUGUCAAAACUUAUUACAGUGCUCAGCAGGCUACAAAUCUACACCGGAUGGUACGCAAUGCGUAGAUAUUGACGAGUGCGAAUCUGGAGAGCAUCAUUGUGCCGAGAAUCAAAUUUGUCGUAAUCGCAAUGGUGGAUAUAUCUGCUCAUGCCCACUUGGCCAUCAACUGUCUCGCAUGCGAAAUGACCUGAGCCUUUGCGUGGACAUAAAUGAAUGUGACCAAGCGCAUCCGACCGUAUGCCCAUCAAAUGCUCACUGCCUAAACACAAUUGGUUCAUAUUAUUGCGAAUGCAAGUCUGGUUUUCAAAAGAGCAAAGACAAUGAACAUAUUUGCCUGGAUGUGGACGAGUGUCAAGAAAUUCAGGGAUUGUGUCAACAGAAGUGUGUUAAUUAUUGGGGUGGUUACCGCUGCACGUGCAACCAAGGAUUCGAGCUGGGUGCAGACAAUCGCACUUGCAAUGAUGUGGACGAAUGCGAAGUGCACAAAACUUACACACUUUGUAUGGGCUACUGUAAUAAUGUACCUGGUUCUUAUGAAUGCUCAUGUCCACGUGGUUAUUUGCUGUCUGUGGAUAAAACCACUUGCCGUGAUAUAGAUGAGUGUGCUACAGGUGAAUUUUGUACGGGGCGUAACGACAUAUGCACUAAUAUACAUGGAAGUUUCAAAUGCACUACUAUACAUUGCCAGUAUGGUUAUGUUAAUGAUCCAGAUCAGAGAAAUCGCUGCCGUUUGACCAACAACCUAUGUGAAGGCGAUGAAUGCUAUAGCAAACCAUCUGCUUAUACAUAUAAUUUCAUUACUCUGAUCUCCAAGUUAAGUAUACCGCCUGAAGGUAGGAUCAUAUUUAGCCUACGUGGACCGCUUUGGUAUGAUGCUAUAGAUUUUGAUUUGAAAAUUAUAAAAAUUCAAGCUGCAGCCAACAUCGAGAAGGCGUUGGGCAAUCAUUUUGAUACCAUAAAGGGCAAGCAUGAAGUGCACCUGCAACUAAAGCGUUCGCUGCAGGGACCACAGGAGAUCGAGCUGGAACUCAGUAUGACAGUGUUUACAAACGGCAUGCCUCGAGGCAAAAGCGUUGCUAAAAUAUUUAUUUUAGUGUCCCAACACACUUUCUAAUAUGAACAUAUACAUGCAUAUGUAAUUAGAAAAUAUGUAGCACGAACGCGAAAGUUGAGAGUGGUUGCUGCACUGCGUGUUACAUUUUGUACAAAGUUUUGCUUUUUUUGUAAUUUAAGUUGUGUUAUCCAAAACGGCCAUAUGUACACUGCAAAGGAUUUUUUAAAUAAAGUAAAUAAAUCGUCUUCAAAUAUGGCCAACUUGUCCCAACACCAAUAAUCGGACAAUUUCAAAAUAGAGUUGUUGCAGACUUAUACGCUUUUUUGUGGCUUGACAGAUUUUCUCUUUAUAAUUUUGUUCUUUCAAUGUAAUUUAACAUUUUAAUAUUAUAUAAUUUAACAUUUUUAAAAAUACCUUUGUUUGCUGUUAACAAAAAUAGUUUAAUUCUUAAAUUUUUGUACUAUUAAUAAAAUACGUGUGUACUAUUAUAAACGAAACUAAAAAAUGAAAAAAAUAACUCAUUGGUGAAGCAUAUCAUCAAAAAAUGUAUGAUUCCAAUUGGUUUUGGCCAAACACCCAAAAAGGGUGUAAUACUAAUGCAUCUAUAAAACUGAACGGUAUUAAUGAAAAUAAGUGACAUUAUAGGUUCCGAAUUUUUCCCAGCAUAAAAAAUUAUUUGAAGCAGUGUUCCUAUGUACAUAACCUAAAGGUACAAGAAUAUUACGUGAAUCUGCAGCAAAAUAUGAUAUAUGCAGAAGUCGAAGGCCCUCAUAAAUAAACGGAAAGUUCUUAUAAAAAGCGGUGUUAAUGUAUCCAAAUACACGAUUCGAGGACGUUUACGUGAAAAAAAACCUUGAAUUUCGGUAUUAAUGAAAAUAAUAAUGAAAAUAAGUGACAUUAUAGGUUCCGAAUUUUUCCCAGCAUAAAAAAUUAUUUGAAGCAGUGUUCCUAUGUACAGAACCUAAAGGUACAAGAAUAUUAAGUGAAUCUGCAGCAAAAUAUGAUAUAUGCAGAAGUCGAAGGCCCUCAUAAAUAAACGGAAAGUUCUUAUAAAAAGCGGUGUUAAUGUAUCCAAAUACACGAUUCGAGGACGUUUACGUGAAAAAACCUUGAAUUUCGGAGUACAUUGGAAAAAAAGGCUGCUCAUUAUCAGACAUUUGGCAUGGAUUGAUGAUAUCCCAACAAACAUUUAGGUUUGAGAACGAUGAGAAAACGAGUUGAAUUCUAAUGUGUUUCUUUAAGGUAGAAUGUUAUAAUAUGAUUAGAGAAAUUGUCAAGAGCUACAGCAUUAUCUACAAAAAGGGGACUUAGUUCUUGAUAUGGAGAAAAGUUAGAUACUGAAUGGUAUUAUAACCUUGAAAUCCAAUUGGUUUCUAAUAUGGAUUUUAAAUUUAUAUGCACUGUGCACUGUAUUCCUCGCAGUUUUAUUAUUUCAGAUAUACAGGGUGGCUGAUGAAUUUUGCUACAUUAAGAAACUCAAAUUACUUUUUUUUUAGUGUAUGGAAUUCAUUUAUUUUUUUUCAAGUUGAAGGUCAUUAAAUUUUAUUAAAUGUAGCUUAACUAGUUUUAAAAAUAAUUGAAUUUAAAUGCCCCCCAUGCUCGUUGACACAAGUGCGGCAUCUUAGUAAAAAGUUGUUCAUUGCUGCUUUGAGAGUUGCGACAGGAAUAGCCGCAAUUGUUGCCCGAAUGGAUUGUUUUAGUUCAUCCAAAUUUGUUGGCUUUGUUUUAUAAACUUCUUGUUUACAUAAACCCCACAAGAAAAAGUCAGGUGCAGUAAGGUCAGGCGACCUGGGGGGCCAACGAAGUUCGGAGUUUCUUGAAAUCAGUUUAUUGGGAAAUUUUCGUCGCAACUCUGUCAUAACAGUCUGGGCUAUGUGAGACGUUGCCCCAUCUUGUUGAAACCACACAGAGUUGAAAGGAAUUCUCUUUCGGCGUAGUUCUGAAUAAAAAAAUUCUUUCAGCAUUUUCAAAUAACGGUCUCCAGUAACCGUAACGGUGUGACCAUUUUCUUCAAAAAAAUAAGGCCCGACAAUACAGUGUGAAGAAACCGCACACCACACUGUCACGCGAAGAGGAUGCAAUUCCGUCUCGUGGAGUAUCUGUGGGUUAGAAGUACUCCAUAUUCGACAAUUUUGUUUGUUCACAUUGCCGUUUAAAUCGAAAUGGGCCUCAUCAGACAUGAAAAGGCAGUUUAACAUGUUUUGGUCUUCUUCCACCAUUUGCAGGAUCUUCUGGCAAAAUUCCAAGCGAAUCGGCAAGUCUGCUGCAUUCAGUUUGUUAACCAUUUGAAUUUUGUAGGGAAAUAAGUCUAAAUCUUUGUACAUUAUUGUUUGCAAAGACUGUCGGCUGACACCAAGUUGAGCAGAUAAGCUUCUUGUUGAAACCCUUGGAUUGCUUUGUAUAGCUGCAGCUACAGCAGCGAUCGUUUCCUCCGUCCGAACUGGUGGGUUUCGAUGAUAAGGCCUUCUUGCGACUGUUCCUUGCUCAGCAAAAUUAUUCACCAGUCUCAUUAUGGUCCAUCUGCUCGGGGGAUCGCCGCCAAACAUCCGCCUGUACUCUCUCUGUACCAAAACUACGGACCCCAGUGCGUGAUAGCGGCGGACUAUCCAAAUUCUU